GAUAAGAAAACAAAACAACGCAGCACAACACAGCGAGCGAGUCGUGUCGUGUCGACGCGGCGCACGUUAGCCGAGUGUGGCGCUAAUCCCUGCGCAUAAAACACACCGUUUUGCUGCGCCGAUUGUUAGCGUCUCCGCUCUUACUUAUUUUUUCUGGCCUAUAAAAUGUCGACAACCGCUUCUUCUACUUCACUCUGCGCCACUUCCAGAACCUUCUACGCUAAGCCCGUCCUCACCAAAACCUUCGUCGCCCUUCCCAAACGCGCAUUUUCCAAGCUCGCCUUCCAAUUCAGGCCCCUCUCCAUGGCCGCGCUCGGUGCUCGCAAUGUGGCCGCGCCCGCCGUGGCCCCGCCACCCUCGCUGGACUUCGAAACCUCCGUUUUCCGGAAGGAGAAGAUUAACCUCGCCGGACACGACGAGUAUAUUGUGAAAGGAGGGAGGGACUUGUUCCCUCUGCUGCCGGCUGCUUUCAAGGGGAUUAGGCAGAUUGGUGUCAUCGGAUGGGGUUCGCAGGGACCUGCACAGGCACAGAAUUUGCGGGACUCUCUUGCUGAUGCAAAGUCUGAUAUUGUGGUUAAGGUUGGCCUCAGGAAAGGUUCUCGUUCCUUUGGUGAGGCUCGUGCAGCUGGUUUUAGUGAGGAGAAUGGAACUCUGGGUGACAUAUGGGAAACCAUCUCAGGCAGUGAUCUUGUGUUGCUGUUGAUUUCUGAUUCUGCACAGGCAGAUAAUUAUGAAAAAAUAUUUUCCUACAUGAAGCCAAAUAGCAUACUUGGGCUGUCACAUGGUUUUCUUCUUGGGCAUUUACAGUCAAUGGGACUUGAUUUUCCGAAGCACUUCAGCGUAAUUGCUGUAUGCCCGAAAGGUAUGGGUCCUUCUGUAAGGAGACUGUAUGUCCAAGGCAAAGAGAUAAAUGGGGCUGGAAUUAAUUCAAGUUUUGCAGUCCACCAGGAUGUGGAUGGCAGAGCUACCGAUGUUGCUCUGGCAUGGUCCGUUGCCCUUGGUUCCCCUUUUACAUUUGCCACUACAUUAGAGAUGGAAUACAGGAGUGACAUCUUUGGAGAGAGAGGCAUUUUGCUUGGGGCUGUUCAUGGUGUUGUGGAAUCCUUGUUUAGGAGGUACACUGAACAUGGAAUGAAUGAAGAUUUGGCAUAUAACAACACUGUUGAGAGCAUUACAGGAACUAUAUCUAGAAUCAUCUCGACUAAGGGCAUGUUAGCUGUAUACAAUGCUUUAUCUGAAGAUGGAAAAAGGGAAUUUGAGAAAGCAUAUAGUGCUUCAUAUUAUCCCUGCAUGGAUAUUUUGUACGAGUGCUAUGAGGAUAUUGCUGCUGGGAGUGAGAUUCGCAGUGUUGUCUUGGCUGGACGUCGCUUUUAUGAGAAAGAGGGUCUGCCUGCCUUUCCCAUGGGGAAAAUUGAUCAAACCAGGAUGUGGAAGGUUGGUGAGCGUGUCCGAUCUACUAGGCCAGCGGGUGAUCUAGGUCCAUUAUAUCCGUUUACGGCCGGUGUCUACGUGGCAUUAAUGAUGGCGCAGAUUGAGAUCUUGAGGAAGAAGGGACAUUCUUACUCUGAAAUCAUUAACGAGAGUGUGAUUGAGUCUGUUGACUCUUUGAAUCCUUUCAUGCAUGCUCGCGGUGUUUCUUUCAUGGUUGAUAACUGUUCAACCACAGCAAGGCUGGGUUCAAGGAAAUGGGCUCCCCGAUUUGAUUACAUCCUAACCCAGCAGGCCUUGGUGGCUGUGGACAAUGGAGCACCUAUCAACCAAGACCUAAUCAGCAACUUCCUGUCAGACCAAGUCCAUGGAGCCAUUGAACUUUGUGCUCAAUUGAGACCUACAGUGGACAUUUCAGUGCCACCAGAUGCAGACUUUGUCCGUCCUGAGUUGCGUCAGUCUACCAGUUAGAACAUGACCCUUUCUUGAGCCUAUUCCUUUCUACGGAGUGCUUAAACUAUAAUGUUGAUUUGAGUUUUGUUAUUAUGGUUGAGUGCUGCUAUGCAAGUAUGUAUUAUGACUAAUGUAAUACUGUACUCAGACUUUAAUAAUGAGGAAUGUUUCUUAAUGCCGAGUA